CCCUGAUCCAGAUACUCUAUAUAAAUGGAGUCCAAACUUCAGCUCAACACAACCUUCCUGUCAAGUAAUUCAAAGCAGAGAAGACUCUAAGCUGAAAUCACUGCAGCCAUGCUGAAGGUAGCACUUAUUCUUGGAUGCCUCCUGAGCCUCAUUGUGGCUACACCAAUGGAGCACCAGCGAUUUGCUCGCUCUAACUCUGGCUCAAACUCCAAUGAGGUCUCAACAAACAACUUGGCCACCCUGUUAUCCCUGCUUUUCAGGCUUCUUGCCACCACUACCACAACUACAACAACUACAAGAGCACCUACAACAACAGUUGCUGCUACUACUACAUAAAAUGGAGUCUUGAACAUCAGCAAAUUUGUCAUGUAUUGCUGAGAAAGUUAUCAUCUUUUUCAGUUUU